ACCGAUCAACAGAAAGAGUCAAUGAUGUCGGCUCUGUCAUGUGAUCAGCUGUGUCCAAUCACAGCUGAUCAGGGGACAUGUACACUGAUCAUCAGGGCACUGAUGAUCACUGUGCCCUGAUGAUCAGUGUAGCCCCAUCAGUGCCACCUGUCAGUGCCACAUCAGUGCCACAUAUCAGUGCCUACCAGUGCACAUCAAUGCCACAUAUCAGUGCCCAUCUGAGCUGCCAAUCAGUGCCGCCUAACAAUGCUGCCUAUAAGUGUGCAUCAGUGCUGCCUAUCAGUGCCAGUCAGUGCCACCUAUUAGUGCUGCCUAUCAGUGCCAUAUAUGAGUGUUGCCUUUCAGUGCCCAUCAGUGAUGCCUGUCAAUGCCCAUCAGUG